AUGGUACUCUGGUUGUGCUGGAGUGCUCCGUGGCUCGAAGCCUGCAACUGUUCGCCGGUAAGCAUCAUAGUUGGGCUCAAUUACCAGCCAGUGAUCUACAACAUGAUACUAAUGAUAGUUACAGUUGCAAUUGGUACCAUGAAGGCAUUGGACUUUUAUGCCCGGAGGAAAUCACCUCCUAAAUACACAGAUCCGAAUCCGCCUUCAGACAGCAUCAUUGCUCUGCUUCUCUUCACGGAGCUGAGAUAUGAAUCAUUUACACCAAACUAUCUCCGUACAGCUCCUGCUCCAGCCCAGCUGGAAGCAGACACUACUGCAGAAUACGUCUGCUACCAGAAGCGAGACCUAAAGGGCGGCAAACAGGUCUUCUCUACAUUCGGCAAGAGAGUGGCCUCACUGCAGACACCAGGACGCAAAGCUCCCCAUCGAUUCUCAGAGGCAUUCGAUCUAGUCAUACACGCAGCUUUCUUUCUAGCCACCCAGUUUCUUUUCCCGCUAUCCAAUCCGACUGUUCAGGCCAUUCAGAUUCUGCUCGCGAUCUACGUCAUCUGGGAAUCACUACAGCUCCUCCUCCGCUACAAGACUAGCCCUCCUCUCUUUGGACCGGUCUACACUGCUUCAUCACUUGCCUCCUUUUGGAGCGAAACAUGGCACACGGCAUUUGCUAGUCCUUGCCGGUCACUCGCAUACGACCCCCUACGACGACAUCUGCCUGCCAAAUACGGCGUUCCUGAAUCGUUUGCAAAGGGGGUUGGAAUCAUUGCUUCGUUUUCGUUGAUGGGUUUGUUUCAUGCGUACAGCCUUGCUCCUGUUCUCCCCUUGGACGGUAUAUUGCGCAUCAUUGCUUUCUUCCUGUUGAAUGGGAUUGGGACCGUUAUCGAGACGGCGAUAUGGGGGAGAAAUGCGCAUUGGGGGAAAGCACUUUUGGCCUGGACUUUCGAGAUAGUCAUUGCCAGUUGGACGGUCGAGGGCCUUUCUCUUCCCAAGGGGCUACAGAACAUCUCGUGGGAUAGUAUCUGUAAUGUUGGUGGAGUUAAACGAGGUUGA